AUGUUUCGAUGGCACAAAACCCUCGACGUCCUCACACUCUUCCACGCGCCCAAGUCGGCGCCAUCCAAGCGAGUCCUCGACCUCCUGAAAGAGGCCUCCACCAGCGCGGCCGAGGACCCCGGCAAGAAGGCCGUCUUUGAGCUCGAGGUUGUCAAUGCGCCCGCCGUGCCGACGCCGUCGCAGCUGCGGUCCAUCCUGGAGUUUGCGGGCAAGAACCGCGUUGGCGAGAUUAUGAAGGGCGCCACGUCGGAGCGGGAGGCCAUGAAAGCGCUGGAAGAGGGCGGGGAGAACGUCAGCGAGAGGGUUCUGAGGCCGUUGCUGGUAGAUUGGAAUAAUGGCAGGGCUGUGCUUGGGGCCGAUGAGAGUGCUAUUAAGAACCUGGUGGAUACGCUGCCAAAGUAG